ACUUAUCGCAAGUCACAAAGUAGUGUAUUUGUAAACUGCGAUUGGGAAUCACCGUCAUAAAUGCAGUUUUUUAAAUGUGUUACUUGCUUUCUAUUUCUUAGUGCGACAAUUAAAACGGGGGUAUCCCGUCGCAUAAUUGGAGGCCGUCCCGCCAAAGACAAAGAAGUUCCAUACCAGGUUGGACUAAGGACGAAAUACUACAACAGUCAUUUUUGUGGCGGAUCCCUAAUUUCGCCGUUACAUGUUUUAACGGCGGCUCAUUGCUUAUGUAUAACCAUGCUAGGAAAAAAUCACCCCCGUCCCGAAACUUCUUUUUACAUUAUCGCCGGACAGACAGAAUUGCAAGUAAAUGAAAGUAGCAUUAUCCGAGAUGUGGGGCAAUUAAUAUUUCAUGCCGGUUAUAAUGCAAAAACAGUGGCGAACGAUAUUGGAUUGGUCAAAAUGACUUCAGAAAUACCACUUAGUCUAGGUGGCUACGUUAAUAGAAUACCAUUCGCGGAUACAUCCGUUACUUCAGGAGUUUGUGUUGUUUCAGGAUGGGGAGUUACCCAGUAUGGUAUGAAAAUAACCUCAGAGCAAUUGCUUUUAGUUGAAGUUCAAAUAAUUAAUACGACCAUUUGCCGGAUUAUGUAUGAAAAGGUUGAUGUAUCGCUUGUACCUGGUAUGAUGUGCGCUGGAAUAUUUGAAGGAGGUAAAGAUGCUUGCCAGGGUGAUUCAGGGGGACCACUAGCUUGUGGAGGAAAGCUUGUAGGAAUAAUUUCAACUGGAGAGGAAUGUGGAGAUGGCAGAUAUCCUGGCAUAUAUUCUGAUAUACAAUAUUUCAGGCAAUGGAUUAAAGAUAGCAUGCGAGAUAUGGACAUUGUAUCCGAUUCAUCAAGUACAACACCGGACACUACUAUAUCAAAUAGCACUCCAAGUAGCAAAAUUUCCACAACUCAAUUAUUUACUCCAACAUCUACAUUGGCUGCAGUCACAACUGUGUUUAGAAGGCCUUCUGGUAGAACGGAAACAUUAACUGAAAUAUUUCCAAGUACUCUUUCUGGUAAAACAGAAAAUCGAAAUAACUCUAACUCAAAUGGCAGUUCGAUAAGAACUGUUCCUACAAUAAAGUCUUAUCUGAUUAUCAUAAUAAACAUUGUGAUCACACAUUUAGUACAGAGUUUAGUAAAAUAAAGUACAAAUUAAAAUGAAUACCUAUAGUUGUAGGUGCUUAUAGACAAAAUUCAAUAACCUUUUAUUUUGGUAGGUACCGCAAUCAAAAGCUCUGGGGUUGUGGAAAAUAAAUCGCUUUUUAUAAUACCAUUGUAUUUAUAACUAUCAUAAUACCUACUUAGUCAACUGAAUUGUUUGUAUUUUUAAUAGGUAUCAACUUGUAUUGACACAUGUUUGUAGUUUUAUAAUAAAGUACAGAGAUUCCA